UCAUGUUGGAAGUGGCGAAUUCUUUCUAAAGUUUGGUUCAUGAUUCGUAUAGUUUUGUCCAUAUUACGGCAAUUAUACGAUGUUUAGUUAAUUAAAAUGUUCUUAAGUGGCUUGCUUUAACAUUAGGAUAGUGUUAUUUAUUGGAUACAGGCUCAUCGGAACGGUAUAAUUGAUGUAAAAAGCCACCAUGUCUCCUAAUAGAUGUGAUGGUUUACUGGCAAGGGUUGAUUUCCCGCUGUAUACGCUUCAAACUCUUACGAAUCGACACGUAAUUGUCGCGGGUGGUGGAGGAGCUGCAGCUACAGGCGUUGCUAAUGGAUUUGAAAUAUUUGAGCUCUCACACAAUGGAAAUAGAUUUGUUGCCGAAGAGGUGAUGCGCCACGAGACUGGACCGAAUGUUGUGAUGAACUGUUCUGUGCGGAGUAACCAGAACAAGACAUAUCUAACAGCGGGCCAGGAGAGUCACUGUCAGCUCUAUAAAGUGAACAUUCGAAUGGUGGAUGCGGCAGAGAUGCGCAGAGGCAGCUUCAGAGCAGAGAACGGCCUAGUGAGGAGAAGAAGGCGUACUGUGUCCGAGAAUGACAAUAUAUCUAAGAAGGACAGCAACAGUAACACUACGGAGAAACGAAUAUCAUUUGAAAUAAGGCCUAGCGACAGUGUGCAGACAGAUUUCAGCAACGACCCGCUACAGCGAGUGGUGCGGAUCAGCCACAACAGUAAGCUGAUGGCCACUGGUGGAAUCGAUGGCAAGGUGCGAGUCUGGGGGUUCCCCAAGAUGGAGCUUCUCUACGAGCUGGAAGGACACACGAAAGAGAUCGACGACCUAGACUUCAGUCCGUGCGACACGUCGCUGGUGAGUAUCGCGAAGGACGGGCUGGCCUUGCUGUGGGCCACCAACGCCAAGCGAGCUCCCAUGCUGCAGAUCACGUGCCAGCCGCCCAACGGGAACAAGUACCUGUUUAGACGAUGCAGGUUCGGUUUAAUAGAAGACAAGAAGAAUGAAUACAGGAUGUUCACAAUAGCGAAUCCGCUGACACGGUCAGGGCGGCAACGCGGGCUCUUACAGUCGUGGGAGCCCCGGACCGGAGCCCUGAGGAGCUCCGCUCUCGCUAACGAGUCACUGUCGGCCCUCGCAGUGCGGGACGACGGCAGAUUUGUGGGCGUCGGCACUAUGUUCAGUGGAUCCGUCGACAUUUAUAUUGCAUUCAGUUUACAGCGAGUCCUCCACGUGAAGAACGCGCACAAUAUGUUCGUGACGGGGCUGGAGUUCCUGCCGGUCCGGGGCUACGGGCCGCCCAUCACGAGCCGCUCCGAGGCCGCCCUGCUCUCCAUAUCCGUCGACAACUGUCUCUGCGUGCACUCUCUACCGCAUCGAAGUACUGUACCUGCCUGGGUUGCCAUCCUAUUAAUAAUAUUCGUACUGUUUUGUACCUUCACGCUAUGUUCGUACAUGGGCAUUUAACGUUAUAUAUUAUAUCAAUAUUUAUUGUAAACUAAAUUGUCCAGUCAUUUGAUAUGUUUACCUGAAAUAUUCCCGGAGUUGUGGAAAUUAGUAGUUCAAUAGAUUUUUAUGUUGUUUCUGAAUGUUUACUUUACCCUUUACCAUCCUGUUCUCGUCAACAUAUUGGAAAAUCAUGCUGAAUAGCAGUUUUAUGAUAAUAUUUUACGAUAAAGCUACAUAACUACAAAAUGAAUAACAACACAAUAAUCUACAAUUUUUAUACCAAAGAAAAUUAACACUCAUUGGAAUUCUGCUCGAGACAGACUAAUAUAAUAAUUUUCUAAAGAUGUCUUAUCCUUUUUCCUUAUCUUUCUUAUAAUUCACAAAUUAAGUCACUUUAAUUCACUAAAAUAUUUAAAAUUAACUAAAACCAUAAUAAACACUGGUGAUCUCAAUUUAAACUGUCAAACACCGCGAGGACACCGGUGACCGCAACCUAUUGUUCUUUAAUUGUGUCUAUAAUGACGGUACUCGACGAGUUAAGGUGGAAAUGAGUUUUCGCUAAAAGUUAGGGGUUUUACGGCGGACAUUGUCGAUUCUAAUUAAAAAAAAAACUGUUUUGCCCCUCCCUUAUCGUAAAAUGAUUGAAAAGAUGGUAAAAACCGAAAUUCCGCGCCAUUUUUCUAAUAUGGCGGCCUAUUAAAAUCUAUAAACUAAUUAAUUUCUAAACCUACCAGAAUUUUACAGGUAAGCUUCAUUUCCCGUACAAAAUGACUGGACUGAAAAUAAAUGAAACUAUUUCUUAUAUAAGUAAUUCGGGGUUAUGUUAGUAUAAUUUUAUUGUAAUAGGCAAUUAUGAAUAUUACGCUCAUAUACAUAUGAUGUAUGUAUAAAUAGGAUUAUGCAAUUGAAUUAAAUGAGGUGCAAUGUUGCAAUAA